AUGCACACCUUUCUCCGACCCUUCCUCUCUCUCCUGCGCCCCUCCGUCAUGAAUCCGCUCAUUGCUGUCGUCGGUGCGACAGGCACGGGCAAGUCAAAGCUUGCAGUGGACCUAGCCUCGCGAUUUAAUGGGGAGAUCAUCAACGGCGAUGCCAUGCAGAUGUAUCGCGGUCUCCCCAUCAUCACCAACCAGAUCCCCAUCGAAGAGCGAAACGGAAUCCCACACCACUUAAUUAGCUGUGUCGAGCUGGAGGAACAACCCUGGUGGGUGGGAAAGUUCAGGAAUGAAAGUCUCCGGCUCAUCGAAGACAUUCAUGCCAGAGGGAAGGUUCCGAUCCUGGUCGGCGGCACCCACUACUACACACAGGCAGUCCUUUUCAAGGACCAGCUGGUUGGCGAUAACGCGUCGGCGGAAGUGAAGGAUGAGGAGGGCGAUCGCGUGGCCGAGGAGGAUAAUGACCCUAAGUCCUCCGCCAAAUGGCCCAUUCUCGAUGCGCCUACCGAGGUGGUCCUACAGAAAUUGAGAGAGGUCGACCCGGUCAUGGCAGACCGAUGGCAUCCGAAUGAAGCGCGCAAGAUCCGCCGCUCCCUAGAGAUCUAUUUCCAAACCGGCAGGCCCGCAUCCGAGGUCUAUGCGGAGCAGCAGCGGACGAAGCAAGAAGCCAUGACCCGUGACGCCUCCCUUGCGGGCGCCGGUCAGUUACGAUUUCCGACGAUGGUAUUCUGGGUUCACUCAGAGAAAGAAACACUCACCAAUCGACUGGACAAACGUGUAGAUGGAAUGAUUGAGCAAGGGUUGAUGGCGGAGGCAAGGCAUAUGUCGGAUUAUCUUCGGGAGAGGAAAGCUCAGGGCAGCUCGGUCGACCAGACCCGCGGUGUCUGGGUGUCUAUCGGUUACAAGGAACUAGCGCCCUAUUUCGAGGCACUCUGCAGCGGCUCGGUGGAUGAGGCAGAGUUGGAGAAUCUCAGGCGAUCCGGCGUUGAGUCGAUCAAGACUGCAACGCGGCAGUAUGCAGCGUCUCAGAUCAAAUGGAUUCGGAACAAGUUAUGGAAAGCUCUUGCAGAUGCGGGUUCGACCAAUCGUCUUUACCUCUUAGAUAGCACAGACGUCGAUGCAUGGGAGCAGAACAUCACAGAACCCUCUGAACGUCUUGUUCGGGCUUUGUUGGAUGAUGAACCCACACCUGAUCCGAAGUCGCUGUCGGAUCUUGCACGAACAGUUCUUAGCGCCAAAGAGGCGCAGCCGCAGAAGGAGUCAGCGUCCAUAGCGAGAUGCAGGACUUGUGAUGUCUGCCGCAAGACGAUGACCGGCGAAGAGCAAUGGCAGAUCCACAUCAACGGGCACGCCCAUAGAAGAGCUCUCAGAAGUGCGGCCAAGCGGGCUGCCCGCGAUGACUUCCUACGGAGAAGACAAGAAAAACUAAAGGAGGUCCAGGAAGCGGAUACUGGAUCUGCUGCUAGCGCCGAUGUGAAAGCAUCAUCCCCUUUGGUAUAG